AUGUUAGAACCAUUCGAAUAUUUGUACGUCAGUUCCAUCAAACCAAGUCCUCUGCUUCAUCCCGGCCGUCAGGACCAAGUCCUCUCCCUCAUCCCGGCCCUCAGGACCAAGUCCUCUCCCUCAUCCCGGCCGUCAGGACCAAAUCCUCUCCCUCACCCCGGCCGUCAGGACCAAGUCAUCUCCCUCACCCCGGCCGUCAGGACCAAGUCCUCUCCUUCAUCCCGGCCGUCAGGACCAAGUCCCCUCCCUCAUCCCGGCCGUCAGAACCAAAUCCUCUCCCUCACCCCGGCCGUCAGGACCAAGUCCUCUCCCUCACACCGGCCGUCAGGACCAAGUCCCCUCCCUCAUCCCGGCUGUCAGGACCAAGUCCUCUCCCUCAUCCCGGCCCUCAGGACCAAGUCCUCUCCCUCAUCCCAGCCGUCAGGACCAAGUCCUCUCCUUCAUCCCGGCCGUCAGGACCAAGUCCUCUCCCUCACCCCGGCCAUCAGGACCAAGUCCCCUCCCUCAUCCCGGCCCUCAGGACCAAGUCCUCUCCCUCAUCCCGGCCAUCAGGAGGACCAAGUGGCUUUGUCCAUCUGUGGAUCCCAAAUCUGUUGGAUAAACAGGUAA